AAAACUCUAUUCGAUUGUCUUAUUUUCAACUUGACGCCGGAGCAUGGGAGUCGUCGGGCGCGGAUGCAGCUCCUCCACACCGGCUCCUCCAGAAGUUGGACGUCCAGAGAUUUAAAUGCCACGACUCCUGGAUUCAAACAAGAUUUCCGAUGCAGUGCGGGCGGGCGCGCAGCAUCCCAGAACCCACACGUCGGACUUCCCUGUUUGUGCAUAUUCCGCGUCCCUGGAUCUUUGAACAACAUGUUGCACUUAAAAAGGCACCUUUAGUCUGCCUGAGGCAUGGGGGGAUAUUGAUCUCCGGAGAGCCCGCGGCUGCUGCUUAUUAUUCACAGUAAUGGAAUGAAGACACUAUCCCGAGAUGAUGGAUGAUAGAUCCAGCAAACUCAUUUUGGUUCCUAUUCUGGCUGUCCUUUUUGUUAUGAUAGGCUACCAGUACAUCUGUCCCGCCGGCAGCAAUUCGUGCCACUUUAAGACUGAGGAGAAACUGAGCGGGGCGAGUCUACUUUCCACCCCGUACCAGGACAGCGACGACUUCUACCGAGACCAGGACCUGGAGGACGACAGCCCCCCGAGACUGCCGUCCAAAUUCAACUUCACCGAGAGAGACCUGGACAGGCAUGUGGAGUUCAACAUCAAGGGCGACGACGUGAUCGUCUUCCUGCACAUCCAGAAGACCGGGGGGACCACUUUCGGGAGGCACUUGGUGAGGAAUAUUCGCUUGGAGCAGCCGUGCGACUGCAAGCCCGGCCAGAAGAAAUGCACGUGUCACCGGCCGGGCAAGGAGGAGUCCUGGCUCUUCUCCCGGUUCUCCACCGGCUGGAGCUGCGGGCUGCACGCAGACUGGACCGAGCUGACGAACUGUGUGCCUGUCAUCAUGGACAAGAAGGAAGCCCAGAGGAAUAAGAGGAACUUCUACUACAUCACCAUGCUGCGCGACCCGGUCUCCCGCUACCUGAGCGAGUGGAAGCACGUCCAGCGCGGCGCCACGUGGAAGACCGCCCUCCACAUGUGCGACGGCCGCUCGCCCACCCAGGACGAGCUGCCCACCUGCUACAGCGGCGACGACUGGUCCGGAGUCACCCUGACGGAGUUCAUGAACUGCCCGUCCAACCUGGCCAACAACCGGCAGGUGCGCAUGCUGGCCGACCUGAGCCUGGUGGGCUGCUACAACCUGUCCUCCAUGAACGAGAGCCAGCGGAACCACAUCCUCCUGAGCAGCGCCAUGAGCAACCUGAAGAACAUGGCCUUCUACGGCCUGACGGAGUUCCAGCGCAAGACGCAGUACCUGUUCGAGCGGACGUUCAGCCUGCGCUUCAUCGCCGCCUUCACGCAGAUCAACAGCACGCGGGCGGCCAACGUGGACCUGAGCGAGCCCGUGCGCCGACGCAUCGAGGAGCUCAACUUCCUGGACGUGCAGCUGUACGAGUACGCCAAGGACCUCUUCCUGCAGCGUUUCCAGUUCACCCGGCAGAGGGAGCACCAGGAGGUGCGCUUGAAGCGGCGCGAGGAGCGGCGCUGGCUGCGGGAGCAGAGGGAGCAGGGCCGGCCCUGGCUGCCCAGACACAGAGGGGGCGGGAACAGGGGCGACAAGGCCGGGGGCGGGCCGGAGAAGGAAGCUGAGAAUGACUUCCCGACCACCACUGAGGACUACACCAGCCAAGUGGCCCGCUGGUGAGAGGAAGAGAGAGACGGAGCGCUCGACGGAUAUCCCUCACAGACUAUUUGAACGUUUGGUUUGACUCUCUUUUGUCUCUCUCCGUGUCUCCCUAUUGAUCUGUCUCCUGCAUCUAUCUGUUUUGUCAGCUUCGGUGUGAUCUGAGCGCGUCGCUGUUUCUUUAUGAAAAUGCCAAGUCUGCGAGUCUCCCAGCAGCAGCUCUGUCUUGGAGUGCCCUUCGGUGUCUUAAAUCUUUAAAUGCUGUUCAUAUAUCUCAUGUCAUUUUAAUUGUUGCCUUGGUUAUUUAUAAUUUAUUGAAUAUGACUGUAAAUCCAAGCGAAAGGACGAGACUUAAACAAUGGAGGCUGCGAUAGAUCGCGUUGAAUUUUACGA